GCUAUGGGCCCCUGGAGUGUCCUGUGUACCCCACGGAGCUGGCCUUCGCCCUGGACACCUCUGAGGGCGUCACGCGGGACACCUUCGGCCGCAUGCGCGACGUGGUGCUGGGCGUGGUGCAGGACCUCACCGUGGCUGAGAGCAACUGCCCCCGGGGCGCCCGCGUGGCCGUGGUCACCUACAACGACCAGGUGACCACAGAGAUCCGCUUCGCCGACUCCCGGAGGAAGGCGGCCCUGCUGGACCGGAUCCGGAACAUCCCGGAGUCCCUGACGGCCCGGCAGCAGAGCCUAGAGAGUGCUGUGGCCUUCGUGGCCAGGAACACCUUCAAGCGCGUGCGGAGUGGCUUCCUGGUGCGCAAGGUGGCCGUGAUCUUCAGCACCAAGCCCGCGCGGGCGUCCCCACAGCUGCGCGAGGCCGUGCUCAGGCUCUGGGACGCGGGCAUCACACCGCUAUUCCUCACCACCCAGGAGGACCGGCAGCUGGCCAGCGCCCUGCAGAUCAACAACACGGCCGUGGGUCACACGCUGGUGCUGCCCGCCCGGAGGGACCUCACCGACUUCCUCAAGAAAGUCCUGAGCUGCCAUGUCUGCCUGGAUGUCUGCAACGUGGACCCGGCGUGCGGCUUCGGCAGCUGGCGGCCGACCUUCCGGGAGCGGCGGGCUGCGGGCAGCGCACUGGACCUGGACGUGGCCUUCCUGCUGGAUGGCGGAGACACCACCAGCCCCACGCAGUUCCACGCCAUGAAGCGCUUUGUGGCCCACGUGGUGGGGCAGCUGACGCUGAGCCCUGAGCCCGCCACGUCCCAGCACCUGACCCGGGUGGCUGUCCUGCAGCCGGGGCCCUCCGGCCGGAUGCCCACCCGCGUGGACGUGGGCCUGACCGACUUCAGCUCCCGCGAGCGGCUGCUGGCCUUCCUGGACGGCCGGCUGGGGCAGCUGCGGGGUGGCCGGGCGCUCGGCCCCGCCGUGGACUUCGCGCUGGACCAAGUGUUUGAGGCCGCGCCCAGCCCCCGUGCCCACCGCCUGCUGGUGAUCCUGCUGACGGGGCCUCUGGCCGGGGCCGAGCUGGACGCGGCGCGAGAGGCCACGCUGAGGGCCCGCUGCCGGGGCUUCCUGGUGGUGGUGCUGGCCGUCGGCCGUGCCCUGGACGUGCGGGAGGCGGCCGCGCUGGCCAGUGAGCCCCAGGACGUCUUCUUCAAGCUGGUGGACAAGCCCGCCGAGUUCGGCCGGGAGCGGAUGCUGCGCUUUGGCCGGCUGCUACCUUCCUACGCGAGCGGUGACAGCGCCCUCUACUUGUCCCCAGAACUCAGGAAGCAGUGUGACUGGUUCCAGAGUGACCAGCCGGCCAGGAGCUCCAUCAAGUAUGGCCACCGACAAGUGAAUCUUGCUGCUAACGUCAGCUCGAGUGACGUGUCCAAGCCGGUGACCACCACCAGGCCGGUGACCAGCACAGAGAGGACCACCACCACCACACUAGCAGUGACUGUCAACCUGCCUGUCGCCAAGCCCGCCAGUUCCAGACUGGCAGCCACCAAGUCUGAGGCCACAAAACCUGAGGCCACCAAGAUGGCCACUCCCAGGCACCCCGUGGCUGUGAGACCUGUGGCAGCACCCAAGACAGCAGCGGCCAAGCCUGUGGCUGCAAGAGUUCCGGCUCCUGCUGCCAAGCCCGUGGCCAGCAAGCCAGCAGCACCCCGGCCACAGGGUGUGGACACCAAGCCAGCAGCACCCCGGCUGCAGGGUGUGGACACCAAGCCAGAAGCCCCCCGGCCGCAGGGUGUGGUCAGCAAACCAGAAGCCCCCCGGCCGCAGGGUGUGGACACCAAGUCAGCAGCCCCCCGGCCGCAGGGUGUGGUCAGCAAGCCAGAAGCCCCCCGGCCGCAGGGUGUGGUCAGCAAGCCAGAAGCCCCCCGAACGCAGGGUGUGGUCAGCAAACCAGAAGCCCCCAGGCCGCAGGGUGUGGUCAGCAAGCCAGAAGCCCCCCGGCCGCAGGGUGUGGACACCAAGCCAGAAGCCCCCCGGCCGCAGGGUGUGGACACCAAGCCAGAAGCCCCCCGGCCGCAGGGUGUGGACACCAAGCCAGAAGCCCCCUGGACACAGGGGGUCGGACCCAUGGCCACCAGGCCGGGCAUCACAAAGACCCUGGUGAGGACCCCCCAGGAGGUCCGGGUCUCCCAGGUCACUGAGAACAGCGCCAAGCUGCAGUGGGACCGGCCGGAACCCCCCAGCGCCUAUGUGUGUGAGCUGAGCGUCACGUCCGCGCAGGACCAGCAGCAGGUCCUGCGGCAGAACUUCACGGCCACGGAGCGCACGGUGGGCGGCCUGCGGGCUGGGCACACCUACCAGGUGGCCGUGCUCUGCUCUGUGCGGGGCCAGGCCCACAGUUUCUACCAGGGCGUCUUCUCCACAAGACGUGCCCAGCCUGUCCCCCAACCUGCGCGGUCGGCCAGCUCCACCGUCCACCUGCUUUUGAGCCCGGAUCCCGUCACCAAGACAGAGUCCUGCCUGCUGCCCAUGGAGGUGGGCACCUGCCGGGGCUACGUGGUGCGGUGGUUCUACGACCCCCAGGCCAGGGCCUGCAUGCGCUUCUGGUUCAGCGGCUGCGGAGGCAAUGCCAACCGUUUCUCCACGCAGGAGGAAUGUGAGAAGCUCUGCACCCCCGCAGAAGCCAUCGCCGCCCUAGAAGCAGACCUGGGCAUGAGGCGACCCGAGCAGGAGCCCUCCGUCCUGAAGGAGGAGCAGGCACUCAGCCAGUCGCCUCUGUAGCCGCCGGUGCCGCCAGGCUCUGCCCAGGACCCGACGAUUUGGUGCUAAGCGUUCCUGGGGACCCCUCCUCGGACCGUGCCCCUCCCCACCGAGGGCCCUGUGUGAACCCCCCACUGGAUCCCCCAAGUCACCCGGGGCUCCCCGGCCUCCAAGACUCCCCCCCACCCAAGGGUACGACCCUCGAGCCUGUGUCCAGCGGGCUCAGUCAGCUCGGGCCCCGCCGCCCCGCCCGGGGGAGAAGGCCGUGUCUGCCUGGCCCCUGGCCCUGGGGGUCAUGAGAGCCCCCAGCCCCGGUGCUGACCCCCGAAACUUUCCCUAAAGCGAGAGCAGAGACCCUUGCCCCACCCUGGGGUCUCUGCUGGCAACUCUGAUGCUGUGGCGAUCUUUGGUUUUCGGUUUUCGGUUUUUCUUCGUUUCUUUCUUUCUUUUUUUUUUUUUUAAAUGCCAAAGAGGGUUUGAUUUUAAUUGUUCAAUGUUUUGGAGGGUUAUAAUAAAAAAUUUUUUAAUAAAGUUCAUGGAAAAUGUG